ACGGCAGGCAGGCGAGAGCGUUCGAAGGGAAGCACGGCCGGCCGGGGAGCCUGGAGCGAGGGGAACAGUACCCGAUGCCUCCCAGGUGCUCAGGAAACGACCCCUCUCUCUCGGGGCACGAAAGAGCACAAGCUCAGAAAGCUCCCUACCAGUGCGGUGAGUGCGGGAAGGGCCUCAGCCGCAAGGACAACCUGACCCGGCACCAGCAGAUGCACGCGGGGAAGAAGAAGCCCCACCAGUGCUCUUCCUGCCCCAAGACCUUCCGGGAUAAGUCUCACCUGAUCCGCCACGAGAGGAUCCACACGGGGGAGAAGCCCUUCAGCUGCGCCGCCUGCGGCAAGAGUUUCAGCUGCAACUCGUACCUGGUUGUCCACGAGAGGAUCCACACGGGUGAGAAGCCAUAUGCCUGCUCCGCCUGCGGCAAGAGCUUCAGCUGCAACUCGUACCUGCUCCGCCACCGGCGCAUGCACACGGGCGACCGGCCCUACAAGUGCGCCGCAUGCGGGAAGCACUUCGCCUGCAGCUCCAACCUCAUCCUUCACAGGCGGACCCACACGGGCGAGAGGCCCUACGAGUGCGCCUCCUGCCCCAAGACCUUCCGCCAGAGGUCUCACCUGAUCUUCCAUGAGAGGAUCCACACCAAGGAGAAGCCCUUCCAGUGCCUCGCCUGCGGGAAGAGCUUCGGGCGCAAUGCCCAGCUGACACAGCACAAGAGGAGCCACAUGGGGGAGAAGCUCCACAAAUGCUCCGUCUGCGCCAAGCGCUUCAGCUGCGCCUCCUACCUCAUCCAGCACGCGAGGAUCCACCAGCGGGACAAGCCCCACAAGUGCCCCGACUGCGGGAAGAGCUUCCGCCGGAGCGCCGAGCUCUCCUCGCACCGCAGGAUCCACACGGGGGAGAAGCCGUACCGGUGCUUCGAGUGUGGGAAGACCUUUGGCUGGAGCGCGGGCCUCACGUCGCACCGGCGGACCCACACGGGUGAGAAGCCCCACAAAUGUGCGGCCUGCGGGAAAUGCUUCAGCUGCAAGAGACUCCUCCUCAUGCAUGGCAGGGUCCACGUCGGGGAGAAGCCCCACGAGUGCUCUUGACUGCGGGGAGAGCUUUGUUUUGAACUUGCAUCUUGCGAGCCGCGAGAAAAACCCACACAGAGGAAGCCGUGUGAACUGAUGCUGGCCUGCUUGUCGUUGCGGGGGUCUUCGGCUGGUUGCUGUCGCUCAAAGGAGAAACCUUGCCUCGGUUACUCGUAGGAGUUUGCUGGUUAAUUGGAAUGCUCCCUGGAAUGAACAGAGGCAAAGCACCUCAAGAACCUAAUGUGCAAGAAAAUAAGAGAGCACCGCCCCCCAUAGGACUUUAAAUCAAACUAUCCAGAGACACCACCUCUCUCAGAAAGGUGUACUGUUGUACUUUGGAAGCUGAACGCCUUGGUACACGAAAGUUUUGGCUCCCAAACGCUGCAAACCCAGAAGUGAGUGUUCCGGUUUGCUAAUGUUCUUUGGAAGCCAAACGUCUGACGGGGCUUCUGUGGCUUCUGAUUGGCUUCAGGAGCUUCCUGAAGCCAAUCAGAAGCUGCACUUUGGUUUCCGAAAGUUUCGGAAGUCGAACGGACUUCCGGAACGGAUUCCGUUCGACUUCCAAGGUAUGACUGUAUUCCAAGUUUCCCCCCUACAGCAGGGCUGACCACAUGUGGCUCUCUCUCUCUGAUUUCAUUCGGUUUUUAACCUCAGUUCAUGCAGGUGGGGGGAUGAAAGAAAAGAGGGUGAUGGAGAGAGAGAAGGGGGUGGCACAGAGAGAAAAUGGGGUGGCUGAGAGAAAAGGGGGUAGCUGAGGGAGAGAGAAAGGGCGUAAAGGAGACGAUUGAGAGAGAGGCACCUACGGAGACAGGUGUCCCACCCAUUUUUUGCUCUGGUCCCGCCCACUUUGGGCUUUGGCCCCACCCACUGCUGACUCCGCCCCCACCUUCUGCUGGGAUGUGGCUCCCAAGGGAACGCAGGCCCUGACAGAAAGGAAGAAAAGAUUUGUUAGCCCGUCCCACGAGAAAGUUAUUGUACGCUUCUAGGGAGAAGGUGUUGCUCAUUUUGGUACGGCAAGCCACCUCCAAUCAAAGGGAUCAGGGAGCUGGAGACUUCUGGUGAAGGUUCGAUCCCAAGCUGAGCUUGGAAGUGAGCCCAGUGGGACCUCAUGAGACUUGUACUUUCAGAGUUGGCAGGUGUGGGGUUGUGCUGUGAAAAUCUCUCUAUUUGCACCAAUGGGGAGAACCCCUACGAUAAUUCUAA